AUGGAAAUCGGCCAGCUCCACAAGGCUACGCGAAACGUGUAUUCACCGCUUGACACGUCUCGGCAUGAAAUCCGACUACUUCAAUUCACCUCUCCAAGCUUAGACGCUGCAUUGACCGAAUGUAGCCUGGGGACAGUCAGCCUAGACGAUGCCCCUGCUUUCGUGGCACUAUCAUAUGUCUGCGGCGAUCCUGCUAUUACAGAGGAUAUCCUGGUUAACGGGGUUAUCCAUCCCGUCUACACGAAUCUCGUUGACGGCCUUCAUCAUGUCCGAAGACUGUGGACUGAUAUCUGCUCGGAGGAAUUUCCUGACCGCGCUCCACAGACCCUCAGACUUUGGGUUGAUGCGAUAUGCAUCAAUCAACAAGACGUUGGCGAAAGAAAUGAGCAGGUGCUUCUUAUGAAGAGCGUUUAUUCGGAAGCUGCCCUUAUCUUAUCAUGGCUUGGGGUCCCGGAAACGCAUAAUGCUGCUGCGUUGGAAAUUUUCAGGCUGUUAAUGGAAAUCCAAGAGCAUUCCAGGCAGGGCGAGUUCGCUACGCUCGAGUGGAUGCAGAGGUACCCGGAACUAUGCACUAUUGAUGAUACAGGAUUUGCCGACAAUAGGCUAUGGAAUUCUCUGUUCUGGUUCUGGGCAUUGCCGUACUGGAGGCGAACGUGGAUCCUGCAAGAAGUCACUCGUGGUAGACGCGUUGUUGUCUUGUUUGGCUUGGACUUUCUGGACCUAGACAAGCUUACGGCAACGUCAACAGCGCUGAAGAGAAUUGCCCGGGACCUUACAAACAAACCUACUUUUGUUCCUCCCGGUCUCUUGUCAGCCCUCGACCAAUACCGCUGGGCGGCAGUGGAAGUUCAGUCCAUCCGAUUCGCGCUGCAGACGGAAGGCGGUUUGCGUCUCGGUGAAAGAUUGCUUUCGUCAAGACUUGGGGGUAACCUUGGAGCCACGAACCCAAAAGACCAUAUCUAUGGCCUGCUUGGUGUCACAGAACUAGGCUUGAUUCCUGACUACAACAUCACCACCUCAGUCUCAGAAGUCUACAUCCAGUAUGUCAGAGUCUGGCUGGACGCUUUGCCUCUGGUAUAUCAGCAGCACUUGUCAGGAGAUGGUACUGGUACCGGGCCGUAUAACAUCAUAUACCCCCUUCAGUUUCUUUUCGACGCUGGAAUUGGAAUCCUGCCAAACCCACACAAUCUACCUUCUUGGGUACCGAACUAUCCCGCAAAAGCUGAAUCCUCUUCUUGGAGAAUGUUCUCAAUUGAUCUGAAAACCCGUGAUCGCCUGCCAGUGCUAUUUACGAAGUGCUUGCAAUACAACCCGGUCGUCCAGGGCCGAAGCUUGUUCGUGAGCGGCUUGUGCUUGGGACCCGUGGCCAGAGUCGUGACCCCUCCAGAUCCAACACUAGAAGCGUGGCAUUGCUCUGCGAGUCAAUAUUUGAGGAGCUUGAAGAAUGCCGACCAGGACCACGCGACUGGAAAGCCUGGACUUGGAGUGGCAUUGUGGCUGAUGCUGAGGUGCGCGCAACAACCAAAACCUCUUCGCACUCCCUUACUAGCUGCGGCUUUUCUUUACCUUUCCAUGUAUGCCAAAUACGAAGAUAUACUCAGAGUUAAUGUUCCUCUGCACUUGGACGUGACAGGGUGGUAUUUCUUGAGCCAGUGGGUCAGGACUCAUGCCCUGGGCUGCGACCACUACGACUUCUCCAUGGCCUACAUACAGAGGUCCAUACAGAUUCUGCAAGACGAAAGGUUCUCUGAAAGACAAGAGUUCUGGGACGCACUGGAUGAGGCUAAAGCAUUACUAAGACUGGCGUUGGAGAGGCUUAAGGGCAACUUCCGUCUCGCAACAGUGGCUGGUGAACACACUGGACUUGUUCCUCGGUUUGCCGAGGAGGGAGACGCACUUUUCUCCAUCAUAGGGUUUCCGGUCCCUGUGGCGUUACGCCGAAUCGGCAGUCAUUAUGAAUUCGUGGGCACUAGCUAUGUCGAAGGAUUGAGUAAUUGUGGAGUGCUGGAGUCCAUGGGCACGGCGAAGUUGGAACGGAUCGAACUCCGUUGA